GGAUGAAUUGUGGUCAAUUUGUGUUUUGUGUUCCAUUCACAUGUGUGUUUUCCAUGCUCUACAGUGGAGGGAGUGACUGUGGGAGUGUCCUCUUCUUGUUUCCUUCACUUGAGCUGAUGAUGCUCGUGCCUUUCACCUGGUCAGGUACUUUUACAAAGGACAUCAAGUAUCACCGCAAAGCUAAACCUCUAAAAUGGGCUGCGUUCAAAGCUUCAGAGAGUUUUGCGACCGCCCCAAAAAUACAAAUAUUCGUUUAAGUCUUCCAGCAGUGUGUAUAGUGUGGCAAACAGCCAUGAUCAUCUUGUUUGGAGUUUUUAUUCGCUACAAUGAGGAGGCUGACCCGCACUGGAUAGAGCACAGGAAAGUCCAUAAUGUAUCGAGUGACAUUGAGAAUGACUUCUACUUCAGAUAUCCAAGUUUCCAGGAUGUCCAUGUGAUGAUCUUUGUAGGCUUUGGCUUUCUGAUGACUUUUCUCAAGCGCUACAGCUUUGGUGCCGUGGGUUUCAACUUCCUCAUCGCAGCGUUCGGCAUCCAGUGGGCACUGCUCAUGCAAGGCUGGUUCCACUCCCUGGACUGGACUGAUGGAAAGAUCAAAAUAGGGGUCGAAAACUUAAUUAAUGCAGAUUUCUGCGUCGCGGGCUGCUUGAUCGCUUAUGGAGCUGUGCUGGGUAAAGUCAGUCCAGUUCAGCUGAUGGUUUUGACUCUGUUUGGCGUCACAUUGUUUGCUGUCGAUGAAUAUAUCAUCCUCAGUGUCAUACAUGCUCGAGAUGCAGGAGGCUCGAUGGUGAUCCACAUAUUUGGAGCUUAUUACGGCCUUUCCAUCUCGUGGAUGCUCUAUCGACCAAACCUGGACCAGAGCAGCCGUCUGCAGGGCUCGGUCUACCACUCGGAUGUCUUUGCUAUGAUCGGCACACUUUUUCUGUGGAUGUUCUGGCCCAGUUUCAACUCAGCCAAAACCGACCACGGGGAUGGGCAGCACCGAGCCGCCAUCAACACCUACCUGGCCUUGGCGUCAACAGUGCUCACUACUGUGGCCAUCUCAAGCCUCUUCCAGAAGCAUGGCAAACUAGACAUGGUUCACAUUCAAAACUCCACUCUGGCAGGAGGUGUUGCAGUCGGAACGGCAGCAGAGUUCAUGCUGAUGCCUUACGGGUCUCUAAUAGUUGGGUUCUGCUGCGGUGUCAUCUCCACAAUGGGUUAUAUCUUCCUCACGCCAUUUAUGGAGAAGCACCUGAAGAUCCAGGACACGUGUGGAAUCCACAACCUCCAUGCCAUGCCUGGUCUCAUAGGCGGCAUUGUGGGAGCCAUUACUGCUGCUGCUGCAUCCGAGUCCGUUUAUGGUAAAGAAGGACUGAGUAACACCUUUGACUUCGACGGUGAUUUUAAAAACAUGAUACCCACAAGGCAGGGAGGUCACCAAGCUGCGGGCGUCUGUGUGGCCGUCUGCUUUGGUGUAGGUGGAGGCAUCAUGGUUGGUUUUAUUUUAAGGUUACCCAUCUGGGGGGAUCCAGCUGACGACAACUGCUUUGACGAUGAAGUCUACUGGGAGGUGCCAGAUGAUGAGGAAAGUAUUCCACCAGUGCUGCAGUACAACAACCACAUGCUGAACAAAGAUGUAACAGAGUCAAAUUUCACAUUGGAGCAGAACUGACCCGGCAUCUGGAUCCCGGAGGGUUCCUUUCCUCUGCUGGUAUCUUUUUUAAUGUCAUUCUAGAUAUUUUCAGUGCCCCACCUCAGAAAAUAUUUGUUGUCGAGCCAAUGAGUUCCUCUUUGUACAACUCAUGAUACAAAUAUGUGUAAUUGUCACCAAGUCGAACAGAAUAUUCACGAUUCAAGCCAGAACUGCGGAGGCUAAUGUAAAUUAUUUGCUCAGUCAUGUUUGAUUUCUUGUGAUUUGGGGAUCGUGUGUGUUUGUGUUGAAAAAGAAAAGGUAAAACGUUCAUGCAAAAGCAAAAUAGGCUACUCAAACUCUUGAUGCAUCCUUCUUUUUAUCUCAUGUCAAUGUUGGACGCAUGAUAACAGGACUAAAAAUGUUUUGUGUGCUGUUACGGGGAUUUUUUUUUUUCCAUUUGAAUAAGAAUCAUUUAUGAAAAUAUUUAUGUGUGGCAAGAUUGUAUGUUAACAGUAUGUAAAUUGUAAAUAAAAUAUUUGUAAGGUAUAAAA